UGCAAAGCAAAGAAGUCCCUACCGGAAAAGUGACGCCUUUCCACUUUCCAGCCGCACCAUCGCCCACGUAUUUGCAAAUCCCAUCAUUCUCCCCCCAAUUCAAUUCUAUGUACUCAACUCCACCUCUCACCCCAAUUCAAUUCGAUGUGCUCAAUUCCUCUCUCUCUCUUUCCCUCUAUAUUUCUCUCAAAAUUAACAACAAUAGAGCAGCCAUGGCGGCCCCUUACCACGAGGCGUCCCUCUCCUCCCCUCCGCCGCCGCCCUCCGCCGCGGCCGCCGCACCCCCGUCCAACAAGUGGGGCCCCUACUCCGGUGCGGGCGAUUUCGGGACCAGCAUGCUCAUCAUCCUCGCCGCUCUCUUCGUUGCCCUCUUCCUCGCCGCCACCCUCGCCGCCGCCAUCCGCUUCCUCUUCUGCGCCGCCGCCCGCCGCCGCCCUUCGCCGGCGGACCCCGAGAAGCAGGUGGCGCGGCCUCCCGCAGCGGAGGCGGAGGGGACGACGCUGGUGUUCUCGGCGGGCACGAGGCUGGCCAGGGCGGAGGCGGAGUGCGCCAUCUGCCUCGCCGAGUUCGUCGAGGGGGACGGACUGAGGGUCUUGGCGCCGUGUAACCACGGGUUCCAUGUCCGCUGCAUCGAGCGGUGGCUGGCCGCACGGAGCACCUGUCCGACAUGCCGCUCCAGCUGCCACGUGGCAGUGGGACCCGAGAGGAAGAGCCCAGCGAUGGAAGAAGGCGGAGCAGGUUAGGUCAUGUGAUAUAUGUGCGCGUUUUGUACCGGACAAGUUACCGCAGAUUGAGGAUCUUAGGAGAAGUAUCAGCAAAUCUGACGGUACUGAGGUUGUAGUGCGAAUCUUAAGGUCUGGCUGUAUUGGCAUGAUGUACUGUACAAUUUUUAUUUUUUAUUUUUUAAGUUCUGUUUCA